AUGGCGAUCAAUUUGGUCCAGGGCUUCCGAACGAAACAACACCUGGCACACAAAGCCACCAUCGGAUUCUACCCCGAUGUCAAGUACUUAGUUUUUAGGAUCCCUGACUCCCGAGUCUUGUUGUUUCUGGCUCGAUGUUCCAUCAUGGCUUUCGUGAUCGUCUCCGUUCCGUGGUUGAAGUCACUUGUUCCCACAACAGCCACCGCAAAUGGAAUCAUCGGCUUCCCCGCGGACCCUAAUAUCGAGCUUGUGCCACUCAUCUUCCGCGACUUGGCCAACGAAGGCCUCAUCAAAACCCGUCAUGGCGAGAAGGCAGUGUUUGUCAGCAGUGGCAAUGAUGAAGAAGCCAUUCAAAGCUCACAGAUCCUCAAAGACAACGAAAUGGAUCUCAUUUCCGUGAACGACGAAAACCAACAGAACUCGAUCAACGACCAAUCUGUUGACUUCGCCUUCGUCUCCGUCGUCCCUUCCGCCAUGAAGUUCAUCGAAAGGACUCUCAAGGUUGGCGGCAUUGUUGCGCUCCAGGACCUCUCCGCCAGGUUUCACAUGCCUUCUAACUACAAGAUGGUCUACCUCCGAAAACUCGACGCCACCGUGGUGGCCAUGAGGAAGAUGAGUUCAUCGAUUUCAACAACUACUUCUUUCACGCGCCGACGCCUAUUUGCUGAGGAGGCAAAGAAGGAAGCAUUGAAGAAUCUCGAAGAUGUGCUGCUCGAACCCCCACGUGCUUCAUCGGGCAAGUCGAGCCGAUACUUGAAGAAAACUCGCUACCUACCCGACUUGAUGGGAGACUCGCUCGAGGGAUACCCUCGCAGGGUCUUCAUCGACGUUGGCUUGCCUGAAAAGGAAGGCGGUAGUGGCACCAGCUGGUUCGCCAAGAACUACCCGACUCGCAACAAGAAUUUUGAGAUGUACAAGAUUGAGACAACCCUGAUCGACGAGUCCGGCAAGGGGGUUCUUCAGACCGGUAUGUCAGGGUGGUUGGAGAAGAAUGUUAAGGAGGAAGAGUAUGUUGUGAUGAAGGCCGAGGCCGAAGUGGUGGAGGAAAUGAUGCAGGGUAAGGUGAUGAACUUGGUCGAUGAGCUUUUCUUGGAAUGCAAGCCCCAAGGGCACAAUGGGAAAGGUAAUUUGAGCACUCGUAGGGCUUACUGGCAGUGCUUGGCUUUGUACGGACAGCUCAGGGAUGAAGGCGUUGCAGUGCACCAAUGGUGGGGUUAA